GAGCUGCGUAGUCGAGCGAAGCCCCAUGUUCUCUCCAAGCCAAGAGGAGCAGAGUUCCCCCAGUAAAGAGCCGGUCAAGUACGGGGAGCUGGUGGUGCUGGGAUACAAUGGCUCCCUGCCCAACGGAGACCGGGGCCGCAGGAAAAGCAGGUUUGCGUUAUACCGCAGAGCCAAAGCCAACGGUGUCAAACCCAGCACUGUGCACAUCCUGAACUCUCCGCAGGCGAGCAAGGCGGUGAACUGCAGGGGGCAGCACAGCAUCUCCUACACGCUCUCCCGGAACCAAACUGUGGUUGUUGAAUACUGCCAUGACAAAGACACAGACAUGUUCCAGAUUGGCCGUUCGACAGAGAGCCCCAUCGACUUUGUUGUGACGGACACAGUAUCUGGGUGUCAGGGUGGAGAAGAGACUCCCAUCACCCAGAGCACCAUCUCGCGCUUCGCCUGCCGCAUAGUCUGCGAGCGUAACCCCCCCUUCACUGCCAGGAUCUUUGCAGCUGGCUUUGACUCCUCCAAGAACAUUUUCCUUGGGGAAAAAGCAGCUAAGUGGAAGAACCCAGAUGGCCACAUGGAUGGGCUGACCACCAAUGGUGUGCUGGUGAUGCAUCCUCGUGGCGGCUUCACAGAGGAGUCGCGACCUGGUGUGUGGCGGGAAAUCUCCGUCUGUGGGGAUGUCUACACCCUCAGGGAGACUCGCUCUGCACAAACCCGCGGCAAGCUGGUGGAGAGUGAGAGUAACGUGCUGCAGGACGGCUCCCUGGUGGACCUGUGUGGUGCCACGCUGCUGUGGCGCACAGCGGACGGCCUCUUCCAUGCGCCCACACAGAAGCACCUGGAGGCACUGCGGCAGGAGAUCAAUGCGGCUCGGCCGCAGUGCCCUGUAGGCCUCAACACUCUGGCCUUCCCCAGCAUGCAGCGUAGUCGUGCCCUGGCCACACUGGAGGACAAACAGCCCUGGGUGUACCUGGCUUGCGGCCAUGUCCACGGCUACCACGACUGGGGCCACCGCUCAGAGCGGGAAUCCAACACGCAGCGCGAGUGCCCUAUGUGCCGUGCUGUCGGACCCUACGUGCCGCUCUGGCUGGGCUGCGAGCCUGCUUUCUACGUGGAUGCCGGUGCUCCCACACACGCCUUUGUGCCCUGCGGACAUGUGUGUUCCGAGAAGUCGGCCAAAUACUGGUCUGAGAUCCCACUGCCACACGGCACGCACGCCUUCCAUGCCGCCUGCCCUUUCUGCGCAGCUCCACUCAGUGUCACGCAGGGCUGCGCCAAGCUCAUCUUCCAGGGCCCCAUCGACUGAACUUAGGGCCUCGUGGCAGCUUACACUGUGAAGCUCAUGCUUUUACUUUUAUUAUUAUUUUUUUCCAUUAACAUAACUCUCUUUAGCAGGACAAGAGGACAAAUUACUUUGUGGGACUGUACCUCUCUGUGUGAGGUCUGCUGAGUUGCUGCUGUGGGUGUGCAAGACAGUACCUAUAUCCUAAAGCGCGUGGCUUUUUCGGCAUAAGUCAGACCCACAGCAACCGAAUUCCAUUUUUUUUUAAGCUAGAUAGGGUCCUCUCAACUGGUUUAGUGCUCUUUUCCAACUAAGCUAAUAAUGCAGAGUGUUAAACUGCCAUACAUUUCUCUGUAGUAGAAGGGCUAACAUAGGGUGAAACUGUGUCAUUUCCCAUUUGCAUCGGUAGCCUGAAACAAGUGUGGCAUGAACAGCAGAGUCAUGUUGGGAAGGGAUGAACUUUACUGUGUGGUCCUCUGAAGUACAGGGACUUUUUACAGGGCCAGACAGCUGGACUGUUGGCUGGGAGUAGGUAGAAUGGAGCCAAAGGGCUUGUGGGUAGCUGGUUAACCACUCCCUUCUGUCUUCUAAACUCUGACUGGUAGGAGAAGUUGGAAAAUGUAGCAGUUUAGAGCAUCAUCCAUAGAUUGGAGAGCAUCUUUCCAUGUAUAUUUUUUUUUUUUCCCCCCCUUAUUGUAUAAAGUCAGAUUUUGGUGCCUGGGGUCCCAGCCAAUCCCUGGGAAUGUUUUUAGUAGAAAAAAAAGAGCUAUUUUAAUGAGAAAGUUAGGUUAGGGUGUGGGAUUUGGAGGUCUAAAGCAAUAGUAAACAAGAGAACAAUUUCCCCCUCUUUCUAAGGAGUAUUUUACUACACGGAUACCCUUGUAUAGUUUUCUAAUUUAAAUGAUGUUAAUAUAUUUUCUGUAUACUAUGUGCAUGCAGGUUUGCCCAUGUGGGUGUGUUUGAAUGUGCAUGCUCUCUGCAGCUGUAAGCUCAUUCUCCAGACAGACAAAGUGGUCUGUCUCAAACUGCCUCAGACCUCAGUACUGUACAGCAGAGCUUAUUUUCUUCCAUUCUUCAGAUUUUCUAACACAUUGAUGCAAUAAGCAGCCACUGGGUCUAAGACAUUGCGUUGAAUGUAUUGAAACACGUGGAUGUAUUUUCCUUGCCGUCAAUGCAUUGAGCGGCACAGUCUGCUCUCCUGGUGGUUGCCGUCCAUCGUACGUUGCUCCAUUUGGAGGAACUCUUCCUCGCGGAGAAUGAGGUCCAGCCGGGAGACAUGCUCAGUUUCAUACGUUCAGCCCUACCAGGUUGUGUUGAGCCAACACCCUCUCCCUGAUGGUUGCACUACUCUUACCUGAGCUUUAUUCUCAUGCUGCGUGCGUCACUGAAUGGUUUUCACACUUGUUUGCAGCUCAUGGUCACAUCCAUUAAGAGUUACACCCGUUUUUGGGUUACACCCACAGGAGGAAGUGCUGAUUUUUCUAGCUUCAUUGGAUAGUUCCCCUUCCUAACUGUGGCAGUCUUUGGGGAUUUUAAACCAUUAACAAAUUUAAAAAAAAAAAAAAAAAAAAAAAAAAAAUCAUCUCAAACACUAGCAGUGUGUCCAUGCAGAGAUGGUACAUGCUUUUUUUUUUUUUAUUUU